GGUUAUUUAAGAGCUCGCGUUGCGUUCUAGCUCAUCGCGUCGCGUGCGCGUUCCUCCUGCGCAAACCCUAGGUUGCCGGUUCCCAUGGUUUCCCGCAUCACAUGCGCGGCUUUCCUGACAAAAAAAGAUGCCAGCUCUUGAAUUCCCUGCCAUUUUUACGCCUGCGAAUUAGAGGACGCGCUCGGACACGAGAGGAAACAGACGCAGAUGGUGGAAUAGUGUGAAAUUCGUCGCUUUGCCUCUGCGGAUCACUCUUCUCAGCUGACGCGGCGAAACGGGACCGACUGCUGUAACGAUACGCGCAAGAUCGGGCCGAAUUUUACGCACAUUUUACCGUCAGGAAAUGAGUAUAGAAAUCCCCGAGGGCUUGACGGAGCUUCUGCAGAGCUUUACCGUGGAGGUCCUGAGGAACCAGCCGGCAGAUCUGCUGGAGUUCGCGCUGCAGUACUUCACGCGUCUCAAGGAGAACGAGACGUGCGGCGGCGCGUUUGGCAAUGAGCACAAUUCAGCCGCGCGAGCGGGGAAAGCCGUCAACUUCAUCGAGGAGGCCAUGCAGAUCGACUCCGAAAACGGAGAGGACGAGGACGACGAUGAAGAAUUCGUAGCUCCGGUUAUCAACAGAUUUGUCCGGAGAGCUUCUGUUUGUGCAGAGGCGUACAACCCUGAUGAGGAUGAAGAGGAGAGAGAACCCAGGGUCACUCACCCCAAAACAGACGAGCAGAGACAGAGACUACAGGAAGCCUGCAAAGACAUCCUACUGUUCAAAAACCUGGACCAGGAGCAGAUGUCACAAGUCUUGGAUGCCAUAUUUGAGAAGGUAGUGGUGACCGGAGAGCACAUCAUCGAUCAAGACGACGAUGGAGACAACUUCUACGUCAUUGAGAGAGGAACGUUUGACAUCAUGUUGAAAGUGGACGGCACCACGCGGACCGUGGGCUCUUAUGACAACCGUGGGAGUUUUGGAGAGCUGGCCCUCAUGUACAACACGCCGAGGGCCGCCACCAUCAUCGCUACCUCAACUGGAGCCCUGUGGUGCCUCGAUCGGUUGACAUUCAGAAGGAUCAUCUUAAAAAACAAUGCAAAGAAAAGAAAAAUGUACGAGGCUUUCAUCGGGACUCUUCCUCUGCUCACGUCACUGGAGGUUUCAGAGAGAAUGAAGGUUGUUGAUGUCUUGUCGACCAAAGUGUACAACAGUGGGGAACAGAUCAUUGCUCAGGGUGAUUUGGCAGACUGUUUCUACAUCGUAGAGUCCGGACACGUUAGGAUCACUAUGAAGAGGAGCAAAUCGAAAAACGACACUGAAGACGAGGAGGUGGAGAUCGCCACAUGCUCAAGAGGUCAGUAUUUCGGAGAGUUGGCACUCGUCACUAACAAGCCACGGGCGGCUUCUGCAUAUGCCAUGGACAACGUCAAAUGCUUAGUAAUGGAUGUGCAGGCCUUUGAGAGGUUAUUAGGCCCCUGCAUGGACAUCAUGAAACGAAACAUAGCCAAUUACGAGGAGCAGCUGAUCACGCUCUUCAGGAGUCACAUCGCAAUAGAGGAGCCGAAUGCAUGAAAUCAGUUAAUCAAGAAACAUCGCAAACUUAUAAUGCAAUGUGAACAAUGAGAAAAUGGUAAGUAGAGGCCCGUCAUCAUGUGGGGAGAAAUCGUGUUAAUAUAGGUCAUAAGCUUGAAGUUAUUGUUUUGCAUUCACAGAUGUGAAACUCUGGUGUGUGUCUAUGAUCUUGGUUUUUUUUUUUUUAGAAGUGAAAAGCCAAAUGCGAACACUUUUCUCCAGGGUACUCAAGGUUUAUGGGAGAUUCCUCAUGGUUAUUUGGUUUGGGGAUUUGGUACCGGUGUGUUUAUCUGAAUCUUUCUCGUUUUUUUUAAACUUGGUUUGUGUUUCUUUCACAUGCUGCAUCUUUUCCACACAAAGAGUGCGUUGUUAUGCCAUAUGCAGCACGGUAAUAUGUUAACUUAUUCUUUUAAAGCUAUACUUCUGAAUUUUCAAAUCUGCCGUUGAGCAUUUGUCAGUGUUUUCAGUAUUAAGCAAAUAAUUUUUACUGCGAGCCACUAUUUUUGACUAAACAUGAAAUGUGAACUGUAAUUUAUAAUGAAUUAUGGACUACAUGCCAGAGUUGAAAGUCAACAUGAAAACUAAAUUGAGCAUAUUUACUUAGAGCACAUUAAUCAUUAAUAAAAGUUUGUAUAAAAAAUUGCAAUGGCUAUAAAAUAACAU